AUGGCAAAGAUGAUAACAAAUAGAAUGAAACUGCUGAUGGAAGGAGUCAUAUCGGAAUCGCAGAGUGCCUUUAUUCCAGAUAGGCUUAUAACUGAUAAUAUUUUGGUAGCAGCGGAGGUGGGUCAUUUUUUGAACAGGAAACAGUGUGGCAUGGUGGGGUGGAGUGCUCUGAAGCUUGAUAUGGCAAAGACCUAUGACCGGAUGGAGUGGCCUUUCCUGGAAAAAAUGAUGUUGGCUUUGGGUUUUGAUGUUGGAUGGGUGCAGUUAAUCAUGAAUUGUGUAUCUACAGUCUCGUAUAAUUUAUUGGCUCACAAUAGGGGUUUGAUCCAUGGAUGCAGAGUGGCAAGAGGUGCUCCCCCAAUCUCUCACUUGUUUUUCGCUGAUGAUAGCCUUCUGUUUUUUAAAGCCAAUGUUCAAGAGGCCAGUGAGAUCAAGAGGUGUCUAUCAGUCUAUGAGGAUUUAUCUGGGCAAGUGGUUAAUUACCACAAGUCAAGCAUAUGUUAUAGUAGGAACACGAGUAACGCAAGUAAGGAAGUGGUGGCGCAAGUUCUGGGAGUUGGCCAGGCUCCUAAUUUUGGCAAGUAUUUGGGACUCCCCUCAUUUGUAGGGAGAAACAAAAAGGCAGCUUUUGCAUAUAUAGAGGAUAAAAUCCGGCAAAGAAUUGGGUCAUGGAAUAAGAGGUUAUUAUCACAGGCAGCGAUUGAGAGGACUAUGAAUCGUUACUGGUGGGACUCUGGAACUGAUAGACGGAUACAUUGGAAGGCUUGGGACAAACUGUGUGUUCCUAAGAAAUAUGGGGGUUUGGGAUUCAAGGAAUUGCGUGCUUUUAACCUGGCUAUGUUGGGAAAACAGGCGUGA